CGCAUGCGCUCUGUGUCUCCUUCAUUGUGCCCUAUUGCUAAGCUAUAGUUAGCCUCCAGUUUGUGCAGCAGCAUCAGCACUUGGGACGGUUCAAGCUUUGCACACCCCCAUAGAAUUUGAAUAGAACAAUGGCUGUCCCCCCUUCUUACACAGACCUGGGCAAGGCUGCCAAGGACAUAUUCAGCAAGGGCUAUGGAUUUGGGCUUGUGAAGCUGGAUCUUAAGACCAAAUCACAAAGUGGAGUGGAGUUCAACACAUCUGGCUCAAGUAACACAGACACAGGGAAGGCUGCAGGGAGCCUGGAGACCAAAUAUAAGAUGAAAGAGCUGGGCCUCAGUGUCAACCAGAAGUGGAACACUGACAAUACUCUGGCCACUGAAGUCACUGUUGAGGACCAGCUUGCUCAAGGACUGAAGGUGGCUUUGGAUACAUCUUUUGUACCAAAUACUGGCAAAAAAAGUGGAAAGCUGAAGACAGGUUACAAGCGUGACUAUGUGAACUUGGGUUGUGAUGUGGACUUUGAAGGCCCCAUCAUCCAUGCUGCUGCUGUGCUGGGUUAUGAGGGCUGGCUUGCUGGCUACCAAAUGGCUUUUGACACAGCCAAGUCUAAAUUGGCCCAGAAUAACUUUGCCUUGGGAUUUAAGGCUGGGGACUUCCAGCUUCACACAAAUGUUAAUGAUGGGACAGAGUUUGGUGGAUCCAUUUACCAGAAAGUGAACGAUGAGCUGGAGACAGCAGUAACUCUGGCCUGGACCGCUGGCAGCAACAACACUCGCUUUGGUAUUGCUGCCAAAUACAAGCUGGACAAAGAUGCAUCACUGUCUGCCAAAGUAAACAAUGCCAGUUUGAUUGGAAUAGGCUACACUCAGAGCCUUAGGCCUGGUGUUAAAGUAACUCUCUCUGCCCUGAUUGAUGGAAAGAACUUCAAUGCUGGCGGACACAAAGUUGGCAUGGGUUUUGAGCUUGAGGCAUAAGACAACUUGAAUUGUUCAACGAAGAAGUAAAAAAUCACAGCUCACUUCUCCCCUGUCCAGUUUUCUGCAGCCUGUUGUUUCUGGAUGCCCCUUGGCACUUUCCUGCACAUACCAUGAGCUGUGCCUAACCAGCUCAGACCAUAUUUGAAAGUAGUAAAAGUAUAUGCAGGAGUUAUUUCUCAUCUAAAAGCUGACAAUACAUAUGUACUGUAUUGUGACGGGACAAUAUUUAUUUCUACAUAGGUCUUAGAACAAGUAGUAAUUUGUGUAGCUCAUUAAAGAGUGUGUAUUUAGUUGUUCCUCCCUACCCUAAAGCAUGUGAGAAUGAAAAUAUGAAGGCAAGUGUAAAGGAUAUUUGCUUGGUAAAAAUGGUGCUGCGUGUCUGUUUUCUACUUUGUUGUAGCUUUUAGAUCCAUUUAAAUGCUCUGUUACAUCACGUCAGCACACAACAGUUUUCUAUGGGUUGUUGAAUAUUUGAAUUGCUUUGUUAUUUAUACAUUGUGUCCAUGGCUUUAAAAGAAUAUUAAAAGCUGUUUAGUAAUUAUA